AUGCAAGAUUCGAUCUAUUCCGACUAUCCCCCGCCGCUGAGCCCCGCGCAAAAGGACUUUUUGGUGACAACCGUCAAGGACUGGACAGCUCAGCAUGGAUUGAUGGUCCGACCAGCACCGAGCUUCAUAUCAAAUGAGUCGAACCCUCAUGGAGUCCUGGCGACCAAUGCGCCGGUGACUCUAUUCCCCAGUCCUUUCCCUCGGAGUUGCUUCGAGGAAGCGAAAGCGUUGCAGACCGUAUACAACCAAUUGUACGCUGCGAUAACAUGCGACGAAAAAUGGAUAGGCAAGAUCAUGGAAGACCUCAUUGAUGUGGAUGACUUCAUCUCCAAUCUAUGGAAAGUGCACCAAGAUGUGAAGAAAGAAGGAUAUACGCAGACACUGUCUCUCGGCCUCUACCGGUCGGAUUACAUGACGCAUGCGCCGCCGAGUUCGACCGUCCCUGCAUUGAAGCAGGUGGAAUUCAACACAAUCUCCUCAUCCUUCGGCGGAUUGUCAUCUCUGGUGGCCUCGCUACACGCCGAUCUCCUUAAUUCUCCCCCGGGUCACCCGAUUGCGUAUCCAUCGCACCCGCUGUUUAAUUCGAACGUGCCUCCCGAAAACACAGCCGUGGAGACUCUCUCUGCGGGACUGGCCACUGCCCACAAAGCCUAUGGGCUGUCCAAAUCCAACCCAGCUUUACCGACGUGCAUCUUGUUCGUAGUCCAGGAAAACGAGAGAAACACGUUCGAUCAGCUGGCAUUGUUCCGACAGUUGAGCAAAGUCCAUAAUCUACCCGUCUUCCGACUGCUCCGCUCCGAAAUCCUCGACCAUACGUCGAUUGCACAGUCGAAUCCCUCGCGGCCGCUUGUGUACAGCCCGCCUCAUUCUCCCAACACGCAGUUCGAAGUAUCGACGGUCUAUCUGCGAUGCUUCUACGCACCAACCGAUUACACCUCCGAGCGCGAUUGGGAAGCACGAACUCACCUGGAGCGCUCUGCAGCAAUCAAAUGUCCCACGGUGCUGAACCAGCUGGCCGGCUGUAAAAUUGUGCAACAGGUUCUGGCCGAAUCUACCGGCCCCGAUCACCUCGCCCACUUCUUGACUGGCACCGAUCCGGCCACUAUCAACAGAGUGCGCGCCACCUUCGCUCCACAGUACGACCUCUCCAGCAGUGGUCGUGGUCGGGAGCUAGCUCUCAACCCCGAGACCGCAUUGAACCACGUCCUCAAACCUCAGCGCGAGGGAGGUGGAAAUAAUAUCUACAAGGACGCAAUUCCAGGCUUCUUGCGUUCGAUCCCGGAGAGUGAGUGGAAGCGGUGGAUUUUGAUGGAACUGAUUACACCUCCGGCAGAGGCGAAGAACGUGGCGCUCAGAAGCGACGGUGAAGUGUUGGGUGGACAUGUCAUUGGGGAGCUGGGAGUGUACGGCACGAUCCUGUGGGAUCAGGCCGGAGGCAAGGUCCUGCACAAUGAGCAGGGUGGUUGGUUGAUGCGGACGAAGGCGAGGGACGUCAACGAAGGCGGCGUUGCAACGGGAUUCUCCAGUUUAGACAGCAUUUUACUCUUCUAG